AUGACCACGACGUUCUUCCAACCGGUCAAGCUGCCCGGCGGCAGUCCGCCCGAGUGGACCGGAAGCGAGUCGGGUACCUCCAUGACGAUGAUGGCGCCCGGAAGCUCAUGCGGCGCGGCUGCCUUAGAGCGAUCCUCGGUCCAUAUGCGGCGACGCACCGAGACCGGCGCCCGCCCGCUGGCCAUGUCGCGCGGGCGCAGCGAAAGCAGCGGCCUCCGAGGCAUAGGAAGCUAUACGCGGGGUCGCAGCAUGAGCCUGCCUGUCGACGACGUUCCUAGCGAGAGCACGGACGAGCUGCUCAUUGACAUUGACACGCCAGUCUCCAAGUGCAUGAUUUACACGACGCACGUGCUCGAGCGCACCAACUCGGCCACGAGUGACAGUAGCCCAACGGGUGACGAAGAGUACGCCCCUCGCCCCACCGAAACGUGGCUUGACGAGGUCAUGAACAGCAGGAACCCCGUCCAGCACCGCAGCACGACGACCGUCGACGACGCUCGGCCAGUGUUGCACGACCGGUUGUCGCAGCUUGCCGGGCCCAAAAACUUGACGUCGAAUCGGAGCCGAGGCCUCUCGGUCGCGGGGCACGACCCGGGCUACGUACGCCACGGCAACUCGCCAGCGCGCAACGGCGACACGUCGCUUCGGCUGACUGGCAAGUCGACCGCGCUCCUCAACUUUCCACGCAACACGCGCCGGGCCGUGGGCGCGACCGUCGGUAGCAGCCUUGGGCAAACCCUCGCCAACUCGACGCCCGAGCCGUCCAUGACGCCGUCGCUCUCGUUUGACGGCAGCAGCAUGCAGAAGAAGCUCGCGCUUGAUGAGCCGUCCCAGGCGGACGGGUGUCGCGUUUCGCUUUUUGACUUUGCAAAAAAACACGAAAGCAAGAAGCCCAACCCGGUCGCCGUCGCGCUCGAGAAGAUGUGUACGAAGGAUGCGACGCUCAACAGUCCGGCGAAGAAGGACAAGGCGUCGAAGAAGUGGUGGGAGCUCUCCAACAAGCACCAGAAACAACAAGCACCGCUGUCGAUGGAGAAGAAGCUUGCGGCGCCCGACCUCUCGGCGGUGCCCAAGAAAUCGAUCCUCGUUGCGACACCGCCGACGCCGACGCGCCUCACGACGCAGACGUUCGACGACAAUGACGAGGAUGACGAGAACCACAGCAUCUUUAGCUCGCUUCGGAACGUCGACUUGGUCUCGUCGUACAUUCGCGAGUCGGCGACCAAGGACGCGGCCAUGGAGGAGGACAUUGCCAAGGCGCUCGACGACGCCGAGAGCGACGAGAGCACGCCGACGACCACCGUCGAGUCGCCCGUCGUCGAGUCGCCCGCCGUCAAGUCGCCGCCCCUGAUUCCCGCGGCCGCGCCCGGGCUCCUCCGGCCGCCGCCAAAAAAAGCCCCGACAUUGCGUCGCGCGCCAAGACAUCGGAAGCGGACGGCCGAGACCGCGCUCCAGCGGCAGCUGGCCGAAGCCAAGGCGCGCAUCCCGCUGGAAUUCGCCGACAUGUCGGGCGUCGUCGUCAAGGAGCACAAGCGCAACACGACCCGCAGCGUGACGUGGCCGUCCGAGGAGAGCGCGCUCGAGGAUAUUUAUGUGUUUGAGGUCGUCGAGCCCGAGCCCGACGACGCGUCGAGUAGCAGCAACGACGACGAGCCGCAUACGCUGGUGGAUCUGUAA